GACUGAAUCAACAACAUUCUUGUUACAUUCAUCUGAUAUACUAUUACAAAUUUAUUUGCUCUAUCACACGCUCUAUUAAAUAUCUAAAAACGUUACUCUUGUUAUAAGUUCGAGAGUUUGUCAAUAAUUUUCAAUUGAAUUCAUAUUUAGUAACCCUCCCAUCUUCCAACACAGAAGGAGAACUACGCCAGGGCUUAAUACUAAUACAGCAAGGUCCACAUUAUCACUGAAAAUCGAGUGGUAGCUUCGGACGGCUGUUUUCGUGCUUUUUGAUACGCUCAAUCAUGUAUCACAGUUGCUUUAUCUGUGGUGUGCUUUUAGCUCCUGAAUAUGACUUUUUUCAUGAAUGGUGUAAAAAUAUUCGUGCUCUGUGUUGGUUUGAGGGUCAACUAGUCCUCAGUGACCAAGGUCGUGUAAGGCGUGGCAAUAAGCCUUUCUUGCUCCGUGUUCUUGGAGUCACUCGAUUGUUUAGUGGACCAAGAUUAGAUGAAAAAGAGGGCACUUGCUACCCAUUUCACACAGCUUGUUGGACAAUAAUCGAAGAGAUAGCUCCAGGGAACUUUUUUGUUGACAAUGGCAUCGAAGUCCUGUUCAAGAUAUUUGAAGGCUGUCAUUACAAUACCCAUAAUGGUAUUCUAAGCUGGGGGCACAACUAUUAUCUCGAGGAUAUCUUGGGGGCUUUAGACAAACAAGAACGAAGUCUAAUCCAACACCCCAUAGCUGACUACCCGCGUUUGUCUCAAGCGAGGUCGCGUGCUGUUCCUAUUCCUCAACUAGACCCCUACCAGGGGAUCGAUAUCGCUGAGCUACGGUUCCGUUUAGCUGAUUCUCCCAGUUCAUGGUUCUCACAGGACCCGUCAUUUUCCAAUUUGGAAAAUCUCAAAUUUACCCCUUCCAUCUUGGAUCCGCGGCCAGACGACGAACAUCAAGCGCAUUGUCAGUCAGAUUUAGUUGUAAAUCGUGCAGGAAACUCGGCCACCUCAGCAGAAAGUUUACCUCUCGACUUCCAAAAAGAUGCCACAUUCCCUCCCUAUUCUAGACUUUCAUCGUUACCGAAUGAAUUAAUUCAUUUUAUUAUGUGCAAGCUCUCAUUUGACGAUACCUUAAAUUUGCUACACGCUUAUAAACUAGGCAUUGCUUUUUUACCGUCAACAUUUUGGGAGUCCAGAUUUCGAGUCCAUAACGAAUUCGGCUUUGCACGAGUGAUUUGUUUCCCUGAUUAUACCUGGAAAGAAUGGUUUUUUGGGGUUAAUUCUGAGAUGAGCUCUGAUCAUGGGAUGGGGCUCAUAAACCGCAAGCGAAUUUGGAAACUGGGGAUUGAGAUGGUCGAUCUGAUGCAAAUCAUUCAAGGGCCUGGGCGACUCUUACAUGGUGACACUAUUGCAGAUGUGCCAAGUCAAUGGCACGGCUCUACUGUGAGUUGUUUGGCGUUGGAAAAGGACCAAAAGGGGUGUAAACAAGUCACACAGAGGUCUGUAAAUUGGGGGGAAACGAAUUUCGAAUCACGGAUUUGUACUGUGACACCAUCGUAUGUGGAUAUUUUGGAGCGGCAGCUGGUCUCGGGCCUCACAUUUACAUUUCGUGAUAGCCAAUGUGUGAACAUAGGCUACAUUGUAGGACAACGUAAUCACCUGAUAGCUUCAACCACACCUAAGACCCUAUGGCUGGUUGCUAGUUCGUUGGGCAUUGAAACAAUUGGAACUGAUAUCUAUCCACAUCAAUUUCUUGAUGACAAAGAUGGGCUUGCAGUGAGCAAGUGGAGUCUAGAACAUCUUAUGGGUAUUUCUGUUGGUCUUGAUGCUCUUCGAAUUGUUAGAAUUUGGCCAAACUUCAAGAAAGAAGAGGCUGGUCUGGAUAGCGUUCUCUGGACGCAUCCAUACCCAUCAACUAUACCUUCGAUGCUGGAUGAUGACAUUGUCGCUCUGCACGAGUUACAAAAUAAUUCAUUCACUCCAGCAUCAACCCUAUAUAUCAAACCAGAGAAUGGCAAUCUUAUCGCAAUCAAAGUAUAUUCUCCGCUAGGGCUCUGCGCUGGUAUUAGGGGUAUUGAAUUUAUCUACGAUACAGGCAUACGAAGCACGUGGGGUUCUGAUUAUGAUACUGCUUCACUUUCGUUUUUCCUCUGUGACACUGAACAUGUUGUCAGAAUCAAGGUUUAUAAGAUCAACUCUGUAGUUUACCAUUUGCAAUUCAUCACAGAUCUCGACCGGACAAGCGAACUCAUGCCCCCAGCACCAAUGAAGUCAGGAGUUUCUUUCGAUUGCGUUGAAUAUAGUACUUUGGAAAACGGAUAUAUAGUUGGCUUUUGUGGUUGUUUCGUAAAAUCCGAGCAGCAAUUAAACUGUUUCGGGAUUAUAUCAUCCACAAAUGUGGCGGCGUCUUCGAAAUCAAUUUGGGUCUCCCCAGUGGAUCGAGAUGGCUUUGAAGCCUUAUCUCUAGAAGAGACUCUCGGUGGUAUCGGGGUCCAUGGCGAGUUCGGACGUCGAUUGCUGCUAGACAAGAGGCUUCAAUCAAUUAGAGUUUCCAAGACCACAGUUCCGACAAGAUACUGUCACGCCGAACAAGUCACUGGUCUUCUUUUUCUUUCAGUUGAUAGCAGCUAUCCUGAGCUACUCGGGCAACUGACUGAAAUGGGCGAGACGUAUCAUUUCGAAGUGAAUGAGUGGAUCAUGGACCUGGAAAUUAUCACCAUUAAACCAUUUACAUUCAACGGGUGGCGUCAUGGGCCAGCACAGGUCAAAAGAAUAAUUAUCGUCACAAAUCAAAGGAGGAUUGAGUUAGGACCCGAGAUUGUACAAACUGUUCAUGAUAUCUCAAAUACACAAUUGCACAAGCGAAGAGUAUCGGAGAUCACUUGGGAAUUUAACGCUAUGUACGAUCGGGUACGAUGGGCUUAUGAAGAAGAAUGAAUUGGGUAAACUAAUCAUCAUAUUGUCGUAUUCAUCCAUGUUCAUAUCUUCUCUCGAUCAUCUUGCAUCACUUACUUCCCCUUAUAACCUUACUCAAUCUAUUAGUGUUGUACAUUUAUUCACCCUCUUAACGGGUGCGGUGGGCAACAUCCUCAUUAGAAUAUCAAAUCUACUGGUAUACGUAUCUCGAAUACAAUCAUUAGCGUUAAGAGAAUAUAGAUUCUGAAACGGUUUAAUGCUGAAUAUCUUGCUAACCAUGCAGCCGUGAUGGAGGAGAACAAUCUACCUUUUGACAAACGUUCCAUGGGUGAGACAGAGGAGCUUGGUGUACUUGUAGUAACCAUUUAAAGAUACACAGACGCCAUUACUUAAAAGUUCAAGUGAUUAGUCUAGGCA